GUAAGCGUUGUAAAAGGAAGACGACCACAGUGAGCUGAUCAGCAGAGGGAGUGUCAGACUCAGACAAACAGAAACUCAUUCAGCUCAGGUGCAGACAGAAAGUCCAGCAGGGAUCCAGCAUGCGGGCUCUGGUGGUGGUGUUGCCUCUGCUGUUGUCUGCGGCGUUGCAGGUGCAGCAGGUGAGGGCGGAGGUGAAGGCGGUGAAGCUGUGUGGGCGAGAGUUCCUGAGGGCCGUGGUUUAUACCUGCGGGGGCUCGCGCUGGAGGAGAUUCCUCACUGAGACUGACAUGGACGUUCCAGGUGAUCGCAGCAGUCUGGAGGAUCUGAGCAGCAUUAAUUCAGGCUCCCAGCUGACCAGACGAGACAUAAAUAACAUGCUGACCACCGUGUGCUGCCAGGUGGGCUGCAGGAAGAGCGACCUCACCUUCCUCUGCUGAGGUGCCCGCCCCCCCCCUCUCUCUCUCUCACUUCUACAUCACUGUCCAAGUGACCAAAGUGACUCUGAAAUCUGAAAUCUGAAUCCAAAUGCUGACGUUAAAUAAUCAAUGUAAUUAUUGUAGUGGAUGCACAUUAAUCCUGGCUGCUAUUUUUGUAUUUCCUUUUAAAUUUUUGUAGAUGCAAAUAUGACAAUUGAGCAUCUGUGAACAUGUUUCUGAGACUUAGUUGGAAGAUUUUACACGUUUAACCAAAAGAAUGUAUGAAAUCAUGAUGAAUCAACCCAUGGGAAUUAGGAAGUAAAGCUAAAGUGCGCUCAGGGAUGAUGUCUGUGAAGGUUCUCAGUCGUCAAAGCUUGAUCCAAAAGGUAACUGGACCGGUUGAAGAUCUCAGCUAACGACUCAUUAGCAUGCUAAUGAUCCACAGAGGCUUACAUUUCUAGCUCUGUCCACCAGAUAGUUUAGAAACUGAAAAAGCCUUUCAGAGGAGAAACAUCUUCAACCAGUCCAGUCGCCUUUUGGAUCAAGCUUCGAACUCAGGGAUGAUAUUCAAGCAGGCAAACAGGAAACAGAUGUCUGCGCCUCAGUCUAAGUCUCUGCUUUGAUGUAUUUAUAAGAAAUUUUGUUGAAUUUUGUCAUUUCACUGUUUUUUGUUUUUUUUCGCAAAUAAAUGUUCUUGCACAAU